AUGAAGGAGAAUCUACUCGCCAGCCUGGCCCUAGCCCUCCUCUCCUCCCACCACACCCUCGCCCUUGCCGUCCCGACAGCCGCCGCCGCCGCCGCUGGAGAUAACAACGACAACGACCACUCCGGCCUCUACCUCGCAGCGGGGGCGACCACCACCGUCGUCGUCACCUCCACCGCGGAAACUCAAACCGUCUGGACCGCAGAAACCACCACCAUCACCCCCUCGCCCACCACCGUCGUCGUCGUCACCGUCACCGUCACAUCCACGUCCGGCACUAGCAUCAUAUCGGAGCAGUCGCCGCCGGGGAACUCGAUCGUGCCCGUCGUCACCAUUAGCGACCACUCGCCGGGCCUGAGCGUCGUGCCGCAGGGUCCCACAUCCACGCACGAGCUUGGUCCCGCCCCGACGUCGACUCCGAUGCCGACGACGCUGGCGACGACGACGCGGGCGCCGGACUCAGGUGCGGGUGCGGGUUCGACGUCGUAUUCGGACUACACGGGGUAUUGCGACUAUCGGUUCUGCCAGGAUGGGCACAGUGUGUGUAUUCAUUGGGCCGGGUAUACUUCGUGGGAUAUUUCGCGGGGGCCGAUCCCGGGGGAGGUGCCUACUGUUAUUGGGACUUGUUAG